AUGCAGACCCUCAUCGCGAGGCACCAAGCCGUCCGUCCUCCGAACCGUCCUCCCCUUCCGUCGAGCACGCUCGCUAACCCGCAGCAGCAUGGCGGUACAAACGAGCACAAGGGUCCUUCGGACUUCAACGGCGGAAACGACGAAGAAGACGACGACGAAGCCGACGUGACUCCUCCCCGUGCCGUCGAUGCCCCGGCCGAAGCCCAGAUGAUGCCGCCCCAAUUUCACGGCCAGCAGCAGCCCUUCUCCCAGAUUCUCCGCCACCACACGCCGUCGGCAUCGCCCCCCGUCGGCAACGGCGGCCCCUUCCAAGGCCACCCAGGCCACCCCGGCCACCCCGGCCACCACGGUCAUCGAGCUUCCUUGCCGCAGCAGUCGUUGAUACCCCGUCCCGACUCGAGGAACGACAGCCGGCGGAUGCCUCCCAACGUCGCUCCCCAACCCAUCGCCCAGGCGGCCCACGUCGGCGCAGGUCCAGCCUCAGCAGCACCUUCCGCACCAUUCCGUCGCCCGCAUCUCGCCGCCUCCGCCCCAUCCCGGACCCGACCGCCGACCGCAAGAUGCCCUACCGCCGCUUCCCAUGGAGCCCAAGACCGACGUGCCGGAGCGGCCGCACCCGCCUCACGCCAUGGACACGGCCGUCAAGAAGCUGCCGCAACGCAAGUCGCACAGCAUCUUCACGCCGAUCGAGGAGAACCGGUCGAUAUUGUCCCAGCACCUCGCCUCGUUCGCCUGAAGCGGUCGAGCACCCAGGGCAGCCUGGACAAGCCGCGGAACGCGUCCAUGUCCUCGGGUCCUGACGGCGGCUUCACGCCCCCGUCUCGGCCCGGCAGCGUCAAGGUCGGCGGCUCCCUGGCCGGCUCACGGUCGAGGGGACCCCGUCUCACCGUCCAGAUACCUGACGAGGCUUCCGAGCCCGGCAGCGGCACGGGAGAGUCAAACUCGCCUCACAACACGACCAGCACGCCGACGCUCGCGCCCCAGCGGCACAACUCGCACUCGUCGGUCGUGCUCCCGCCCCCGUCACCGUCGGCGACGGCCUUGCUGUCAGCCGGAGCCUCGGGACCGCCGAACCCCUUUGCCCGGCCGCCGCCCCAUCAGACGGUCAACGGGGACACGCCGGUGUCUGCGCUGCCGUCCCGGUUCCUCAACAACGAGCUCCUGCCCAGCCCCAGCAGCUUCUACCCCGACUGGAACUUUCGCGGGAGCGACAGCAACACCCUCCCGAGCCCUCUGAACUUUGCCACGCCCGUCGUCGGGUCCGGGCCGAGCUUCCUGCGCGACGACCACGGCGGCGCGUCCGCCAAUCCGACCUCGGCCGGAGGGGUGACUGGCGGCGGCAGCAACCAGGCCAGCGCGUAUCCGUCGGCGUCUCUGAAGCGGAAGUCGCCCGACUACGGCCCCGGCAGCCAGACUGACGGCCACGCGGCCCCAGACGAACCUAAGAGGGUCAAGGUCGAGCUCUGA